AUGAGAGUAAUACUGCAAAAAGUUUGUAACACCUUGAAUCGGCUGAAGCCGGCCAUGUUAGUGGUGGCGUUUCAGUUUGCCCUUGCUGGGGUCAAUUUCUUGUAUAAACUGGCUGCAAAUGAUGGGAUGAACUUGAGGGUUCUUGUUGCCUAUCGCCACAUUUUCGCUACUGCUUUUGUUGCUCCUCUCGCUCUCGUUUUAGAAAGGGAAAGCAGGCCAAAGCUGACUCGGAUGGUGCUCUUUCAGUCAUUUCUUUGCGGGCUAUUCGGGGGAUCAUUAUAUCACAAUUUGUAUAUUAAGACCUUAGCCUUGACAUCAGCAACAUUUGCUUCAGCCAUGACUAACCUAGUUCCUGCCAUUACCUUCAUCCUUGCCGUCUCCUUUGGGUUGGAGAGGCUAGGUCUCGGGACAAUUGCAGGGAAGGCUAAAGUAUUGGGAACAGUAAUGGAAAUAGGCGGGGCAUUGCUCCUCACUUUCUAUAGAGGUGCUGAAAUCAACAUCUGGUCUACUAACAUUAACCUCCUGCAUCAUGGCCAAAACCAGAGCGGACACUCGGAAAAUCUACUUCUGGGUGCUGCAUUGGCUCUAGGAAGUUGUUUCUCAUUUGCCACUUGGUUAAUAAUCCAGGCAAAGAUGAGUGAGAGAUAUCCAUGCCACUACUCAAGCGCUGCUGUGACGUGUAUGAUGGGAGCAAUCCAAUCUGCUGUUUUUGCCCUCUGCAUGGAUCAUGGGGAUUGGAGUCAAUGGAAGUUGGGCUGGAAUGUCAGGCUACUCACAGUGUCUUACUCUGGAAUCGUGGGUUCUGGAGUUGGGAUCACUUUGAUUGCAUGGUGCGUGCGCAUGAGAGGCCCUUCAUACGUCACCAUCUUCAACCCUCUUACGCUCGUUUCAGUUGCCAUUAUGGGAUCUUUAGUACUGGACGAAAAGCUACACCUCGGAAGCAUACUAGGAGCCGUGUUGAUAGUGUGCGGGUUAUGCGCAGUGCUGUGGGGUAAAGGGAAAGAGAUGAAAGAGAACAACAUCACUCGAGUAGCAGCCUCAAAUUGCUCUCCAGACUCUGAAUUGACAGAGAUCGUUGUCAUGGACAAUAAUACCGAGAACAAUACAGGUAUUAAAACCGAAAGCAGCCAGCUCCCAAUAAUUAGCUCUAAAGCCUCCCCCAUAGAUGAUCAUGGUGUUGUGCCUUAA